UCAAGUGCAAAGAGAAACUGGACCAUCAGGCUCAUUGCGUAGGAUUGAAAUUGUUGCUGUUGGGACGUUUGAAGGUGGAAAGCGAAUAAAUAAAUUUGUCCACAAACUAACAAGUGAUUAAGCAUAAUAUCAAACCAAGAUGUCUGAAUUAACGGUGCCCACAUCAUUGGGGACAGUGUCUUCUGGACACGCUGAGGAGAAGAAACCUCUGAAACCAUGCUGUGCAUGUCCUGAGACCAAAAAAGUCAGGGAUGCCUGUAUCAUUGAGAAAGGGGAGGAGAACUGCAAAGACUUAAUUGAGGCUCACAAAGAAUGUAUGAGGGCAUUGGGAUUUAAGGUCUGAUGAGGCACCAUUUUGGAGAUGUGCGGAUUGUGUCUGGAAUUAAUUUAAGUAUGCUACACUGCCUGCUUGGAGGUGAAUGAAGAUGAGUUGUAUGUGGACACAUUCUUAUACAAAUGAAUUGUUACAAAAGCUGGAACUGAAGACUCUUAUUAGCGAUUUAUUUUUCCAAAGAAAUAGUCUGAUGACAGUGAUCAUUUCUGCUUUUCCUUGUUCAGAGUUACUUAUAGCCAGAGAUACCUGCAAAUUUGUAUGGUUCAUCCUUUAAUAAAAGUUUUCUAAAAAGUCA